UGACGUUUUUUCUCAUUUCCUGCUUCUGGCAUUUCUAGUUGCAAUGGCGACGAAAGACCCAGAAUCUGUUUACGAGAUAAGCAUCGAGGAUGCAAAGGGGAACAGCUUAGAACUCAGUCAAUACAAAGGCAAAGUUCUUUUGAUUGUCAAUGUUGCUUCCAAAUGUGGGAUGACAAACUCAAACUACACUGAAUUGAAUGAGCUUUAUAGCAAGUACAAAGACAAAGGUCUGGAGAUUCUAGCAUUUCCUUGCAACCAGUUUGGUGACGAGGAACCGGGAACUAAUGACCAGAUUACCGACUUUGUCUGUACUCGCUUCAAAUCUGAAUUCCCCCUUUUCAACAAGAUUGAAGUAAACGGAGAGAAUGCUUCUCCUCUGUAUAAUUUCUUGAAGAAAGGCAAAUGGGGAAUCUUUGGUGAUGACAUUCAAUGGAACUUUGCUAAGUUUCUUGUUGACAACAAGGGUCAAGCCGUAGAACGUUAUUAUCCAACUACUUCCCCUCUUACACUUGAGCAUGACAUAAAGAAGCUUCUGAAUAUCUCCUGAGGUGAUUCUGAACCUCUCUCAUUUAAUAAAAAGCCAUGACAUUGACUUGGAUUUGAAUUUUGUCUCUUUUUGUUUCUUAAAUCCAAAAGAGAAAAUUUAUAUGA